CUUGACGUACUAUCGACUGCAAAUAACUCCGCCGACUCACUGGUGCAAUAAAGACACGCGGCUAUGAUUGGUACUCGGGCUUUUGGCUCCGAGUUUACGAUGUCCUCGUGCACUGGUUCAACGACCGCUUUGUCUGGAGAUGCCCCCCUUUGUCCUCCACGCGUUCUUUGUGGCCAACACCGGGUCCCGGCAUAUGGAUAUUGGCGUCGGAACCGGCCUUUUCCCUGCUGUCUACCGCGACGAGAUGCAGCACGAAGGUAAACAAUGGCCUCAGCAGUUGACUCUCGUUGACAUGAAUACCGCAUGUUUGGACAAGGCAGCCGCCCGCAUGAACUGCCCCGAAAAAACCACCGUCCUCCAAGCGGACAUUUUUGAACCCAUCCCUGUUCCCGCCGAGACCAAGUUCGAUUCCAUCACGCUGAUGUACCUGCUACACUGUCUUCCCCCUCCUUCGGAGCGCAAAUCCACCGUCUUUGCCCAUCUGAAGGACAAUCUGACCCCCGAGAGGACUUUGUUCGGGGCGACUGUCCUGGGACAGGAAGUCCACCACAAUUGGAUCGGAAGACUGUGGAUCAUGCUCUACAACUGGAAGGGGAUAUUCCACAACGUCGAUGAUACUGCGCAAGCGUUCGUGAAGUCCUUGGAGCUGGAGCUUGAGGAGGUGGACGCAAACGUCGUGGGGGUGGUGCUGCUAUUCCGGGCGAGAAACUCCCGUCUCCCUUGA